UCACUGGAUGAAAGUCGAAUGUUUGUUAUCUUAUCUUGUCUGCAUAACUGGUGAAGGUUUUCAUAUGCUGUGAACUCCAGUAAGUACUAGAAGUAAGGGCUGCUGUAAGUACUUGGGUGCAUAUUUUUGCAUAGGUCUUUGGAACAAAAAUAAGGAUUAAGCAAAAUUUUUUUUUUUUUAAUAAGAAUUAAUAAACUGAGAAAAUGACGAGUACAAACCAAGGUUUCGAUACUGAUUGCAUGACUUUAACCAGGUAUGUUUUGGCCGAGCAGAGAAAGGUACCUCAAGCAACCGGCGACUUGACUCAACUUCUCAAUAACAUUAUGACAGCAAUCAAAGCAAUUUCUUCUGCUGUUAGGAAAGCUGGAAUUGCAAAAUUGUAUGGCAUGGCUGGCGAGACCAAUAUUCAAGGGGAGGAAGUCAAAAAGUUAGACGUGCUGGCUAAUGAGUUAUUCAUAAAUAUGUUGAAAUCUUCUUAUGGAACAUGCUUGCUUGUUUCUGAAGAAAACGAGACAGUUAUUGAAGUUGAAACAGAUCAACGAGGCAAGUACAUUGUUUGCUUUGAUCCACUUGACGGAUCCUCAAACAUAGAUUGUUUAGUUUCAAUAGGAUCGAUUUUUGCUGUUUACCGUCGUGAUUCUAAUGAUCCACCUUCACCAAAGGAUGCAUUGCAAAGUGGUAGAAACAUCGUUGCUGCAGGGUAUGGCCUAUAUGGUAGUGCGACCAUGCUUGUGUUAUCUCUUGGUGGGCCAGUUAAUGGUUUUAUGCUUGAUCCAUCUAUUGGAGAGUUUGUGCUUACUGAUCCCAAUAUUAAAAUAAAACCCAGAGGUAAAAUUUACAGUUUAAAUGAAGGAUAUGAAAGUUUGUGGGAUAAAGCUGUACUUGAGUAUGUUCGUAGCAAAAAGUAUCCAACUUCUGGAAAACCAUAUGGGGCUCGUUAUAUUGGAUCAAUGGUUGCUGAUGUACAUCGUACACUGAAGUAUGGUGGAAUUUUUAUGUAUCCAGCUACGAAAGAUUCACCAAAGGGUAAGCUGCGUUUAAUGUAUGAAUGCAACCCAAUGGCCUAUUUGAUGGAAAAAGCAGGAGGGAUUGCUACAACUGGAAAAAUGUCAAUUUUGGAUAUAAUUCCAGAAUCUAUUCAUCAGAGAUCACCAAUAUUCCUUGGUUCUCCUGAGGAUGUAAAAGAAGUUAUCGAGCUGUAUAAAAAGCACAAUCUGUAACAUUUCGAAACCAUUCCCUUUUCUUUCCCAUUCCUUAUUGUAGUUGAAGAGAUUUUCAAUUUUAGACAGUUUCAUUCUUAAAUACCACUACUAUCUUUAUGCCAUUGGAAUGUUUGAUUUCUCAUAUAUUUUACUGAAAUUGAGUGCCUUUUACAAUUUUUAUAGUAAAUAGAAUCAUUUUUCUUAGUUUCAAAAUUAAGAAUUUAAAUUUCUUUAAAGAGCUUAUCACUAAUAAUGUUUACAAUAAAAUUUGCAUAUUAUUUUCAUUUAAUAAUUAUGACCUUGCCAUAUUUAAAGGAGCUUAAUGAUAAAUCUGUAAUCUAUGCAUUUUUUUUAUAAGUGAGAUUUAAAACUUCAGAAAUCUGAUACUCAUGUUAUAAAUUUGUUGUAUAAAAAUGUAUUUUAUUCUACACACAUAUAUAUGGUCUAAACCAUGUAUUGAUAUUUUCUUUAUUUGGUGUUGAAUAACACAACAAUUUUUUUAAAUGAUCAAUAAGCAGUUGUGAAAUUUUCCAUUUUGUUAUAUUUUAGAAGUGCCUAUUUUUCUAUGUUU